CAAAAACAGACAUGUCAGACACUUUGAUAUAGGUCACAUGAUUCUGUUGCACUUGGGGGAUGUGGGUGGAAGAACACAAACAUUUCCUCCCGAGAAGUUGGAAACCAAGCAAACCUUUGUGUGACAGUCGCCAUCAGCAUGUCCGCUGUCUGUUUAAAGAUCGUGACCAUCCUUUGUCUCUCCGGCACCGUCAUGAGUGGCGAAGGGAGCAGAGAAGUGGUUUGGAGAGAGAUUGGAGGACACUUCACUAUCCAGUGCAGACCCCCAAAAGCAGACCAAGAGAAAAUGUGCCUGAAAAGGGGUCUCAAUAAGGAGGCUGAGGUUUUUUUCAUAAAUGGCAAAUCUGGAAAAAAAACCAUAGUAAACGAUUUCCGGGACAGACUUGAAUUCAAUGGACUGUUUCCCGAAAUUGACAUCCUCAUCAAAAAUUUGACAUCUGAGGACACAGGACCGUACUGGUGCGAGUACAAGGCAUUUGACAAGACUUCAGUUAUAACCAAAAAUGGACAAGGGUCUGUUCUACUGGUGGUGAGAGAAACACAGAUUCUGUCCUCCACAGACCGUUCAGUGCGGCAGUGUGAAGAUUCUGACAACACCCUGAUCCUGGUGUCUGUUGUGAUCUGUGCUGCUGUGCUGCUCGGCAUCAUCAUAUGCUUCUUCGUCUGGAUCAUCCCCAAGAUCAAGAGACAGCAAUCAGCAGAGAAACUGAGAAGAGUCGCAACCAAUGAAGUUUACGAGGACAUGCGAGGAACAAUCCGACGAUGAAGAUGUCAACCUGCACCCAAGCGAGCCGAAACUACUCAAACUCUCUGCACCACUGAGGCACAACCAGUGCAAGUGAAGCAACGUUUCAAAUCUGUAUUUUCUCCUCUGCAGGCCUUCUGUGUGUCAGGCUGACAGACAAAACAAGAAGGUCCAUGAAUUUGAAAUGAAUGAAUGAAAGGAACAUCAUGGGAACAGCUGCACUGCAAAUAUACAUUUGGGCACAAUCUUUUAAAAUGCACACACAGCUAUUUUGGAUAGUUGCCCAAAUGUUGCAGUGUCUAUUCUGUUUCAGUGGCAAUAACUCAGAACUGGAUCAAACCCUGAUAUGCAACCUUUAUGUUUAUAUGUGUUGUUGGAUUUCAGAUUUUUUUGUAGUAAAUGAUUUACUGUAUGAAUAAAGGCAGGGAUAAUGUGCCAUAUCAGAUAGAUACUAUGUAUUGUAAUAAUGGUAACUGUAAUGUUUAUUCUACCUGAAGAGAACAAUAGAAGUGCGGAAUUAGUGUCCGUGUCUGAAGGUAUAUUACAUUUUAGAUUUGUUGAUCGUUGACAUGUAUUAGAAGUAUGCAGAUAAAUGCUCACUGAUUAAAAAACUCACUGAUUAACCCUCCAGUGGUUUUGCGGCACCCCCACUAUAAUGUACCAUUACACACACACACACACGCACACACACACACACACACACACACACACACACACACACACACACACACACACACACACACACACACACACACACACACACACACACACACACACACACACACACACACACAAACAAAUGCCAGAUUAACCAUAUAUUUGGAAUGUAUUUUAUCGUGUUGUAUUUCCCCGGAGAGGCCUGUAAAUGAAAGUCUAUGAGAUCUACAUAUCUAACGUCAAUAAUAAUAAAAUCAGAUGAAAGAA